ACCUAGACGAUAACAAAUUUACAAAUGGGUCUUCAUUUCCGGAGAGAUCAAUAAUACCAGAUGCUAAAGGAACUUCUGGUUUAAUCGUCGCUGGAUCUAAGCUUGCUGACCCAGAGCUGAACACUUACGGUCUAAAUUUAAGAUAUAGAUAUGAUAAUAAAUAUCAUAAUGGAAAUUUGAGUAUUGCAGUUCAUAUUUUGGUUGCACGAGCAUUCAUCCCUAAUCCAGAAAACAAGCCCUAUGUUAAUCAUAUCAAUGGUAUCAAACAUAAUAAUCGGGCUGAUAAUUUGGAGUGGGUAACUCCUAAAGAGAAUGCUGAACGUAGGAUAUUUCCAAAUCACGGCAGUAUCGGAUCCAGAAAAAUUGUGCAGAAAAUGCUAGACGGAAAUGUUGUUCAGAUUUGGGAUUCUAUCCUUCUUGCCAGUGGUGCACUCAAAAUUUCAGAAUCUUGCAUUUCAGAAUGUUGUAGCGGGAAGCAAAAAACUUCUGGUUCACUGCAUAUGGGUUAUCGAAAAGUCGCUCGAAAAGGAUAUCUUGUUCAUCGCUUGGUGGCAUUGGCGUUUUGUCCAAAAGAAGAAGAAAAAGAAUACGUAAAUCAUAUUGAUAGCAACCCUACAAAUAAUAAUGCAUCCAAUCUUGAAUGGUGCACACAAAAAGAAAUUAUGCAACAUGCUGUACAUCUUGGGCUUGGGCACCGAUGUGCUGUAAAGCAGAUUUUUGGUGACGGAUCUUUCCGAGAAUUUCCAUCCAUAGCUGAAGCACGGCGUGUUACUGGAAUUAAUCAUAUUUGGAAGGUGUGUCGGGGACUUCAAGCUCAAGCUGGAGGGUAUCGUUGGGAGUAUGUUGCACAAUAA